AGUAACAAGGAAUGAGGUGUUCACUGUUACUGAAGAAGUAGCAACACAGACAGUUCAACUUGAUCAAAAGGCAUAAGAGGGAUUUUGCUUUUUGACCUUAAGACCUAAACUGAUCAUCAUGUGUGGCCCAUUCAAGGGCUGUCUGGGCAUUUUACGCCUCCUGGAAAUAAUCUUGAGCUGUUUAUGUUUCAUCAUCGUCCUCUUCAGAGGCAGGAUGGUGAGCCCCUGGGGCGUGUGGUGCGAGUUUGUCUGGGUCUUCUGCAUCGUUGUUCCCGUGGUCCUGACCGUGGUGGAGGCCAGGAUGUGGCACAUCCUCCUGGCUGCCUUCCUCCCCAACUGGGCUGACCUGACCUGCGGUCUGACCAUCCUGUGCGCCGCCAUGAUCGCCUCCGCCACCCUGAUCUUUGCAGCCGUCUUCGUCUGUCUCACCUGUGUCGUCAGCAUCCUGUGUUUCAUCGUCUCCCUGGUUGCGACCUUCAUCUUCCUGAUUGAUGCUCUGAAGCAAAAGCUGGGGUGUCCAAGCGGCUACUUAUCCAGCCCCAGAGGAGUCCUCCGCACAGCAGAGGCCUUCACGGCUUGCAUCAUCCUUGCCGCCGCUGCAGACCACUUUGUAAAUGCCGAAUGGUACUUUCGUCCUUUAGGGAUGAUAUGCAGCAUCAUCGUGUUCGCUGCCUGCCUCCUGGUCACUGUGGUCAUCAUGGUUCUCAACCUGCUCAAGCUGCUGCAGUGUCUCCUCUCGUUCGGGCUCGGCAUGAUGGAGUUUGUGUUCAACAUUGCGGCAGUGGUGCUGUACCUGCUCGCCAUCAUUCUCUGGUGUGUCUUUGGUUACAAACGCUACAUGUACAAUCCUUACAUCUGUAACAAGUGUUCCUACACAGACCUCAACACUGUCACCAUUGGAGCCAUUGUCAAUCUUGUUUUUUACAUUGUAGAUCUGAUUUUAUCCUUCAAAUCUCGGUAGAAACAGAUUUAGUUUUUAAUGAGGAAAAUAUUUAAUGGACAGCAAUUUGAUAAAUGUCCUACUGUUAACUACAACUGACUUGCAUACUUCAUUCUCACAAUUUGCAGAUAAAUGUAACUUUGUGAUAAAAAUGUGCCUUUUAUUCUUAAA